AUUAUUCCAGCCUCAGAUCUCCCAUCUAUCUCGCACUUAGCCCACCUCCGCGUUUGCGCGAGGUAGCCACCCACCAUGGCAACCACGACCAUGACCGCCCCGCCACCGAUCAAGACGAAGAAUUCCAAGCUGCCACCAGAAAAUGAACGAUUUAUGAGGGCGUGUUCUGACAUUGCGAAUGCUCUGAUACAAGAAUAUGAAUCGCAAAAAGACCCAACGCAACCCAAGAGGGAUAUCAACCUCAACAAACUCCGGGGUCAGAUGGCAAAAAAGCAUAGCUUGAGCCAUCAGCCGCCGCUGACGGCCAUCAUCUCUGCCGUUCCUGAACACUACAAGAAAUAUAUCCUGCCAAAGUUGAUUGCGAAGCCAAUCAGAACGUCCUCUGGUAUCGCCGUUGUUGCUGUGAUGAGCAAACCCCACCGCUGCCCACACAUUGCCUAUACAGGAAACAUCUGUGUCUAUUGCCCCGGCGGCCCUGAUUCCGACUUCGAGUAUUCUACCCAAUCCUAUACCGGAUAUGAACCUACGUCGAUGCGAGCAAUCCGCGCACGUUAUGAUCCGUUUGAGCAGGCAAGGGGACGAGUGGAACAGAUCAGAUCCUUGGGCCAUAGCGUCGACAAGGUCGAGUACAUCAUUAUGGGAGGGACAUUCAUGUCUCUGCCUGCAGAGUAUCGGGAUACCUUUGUCGCUCAGCUUCACAAUGCGCUCAGCGGUUAUCAGACUGAUAAUGUGGACGAAGCAGUUCAGGCUGGAGAAAUGAGUAAUAUAAAGUGUGUGGGAAUAACUAUUGAGACUCGUCCCGAUUACUGUUUGGACACGCAUUUGAGUAGCAUGCUUCGCUACGGAUGCACGAGACUUGAAAUCGGUGUUCAGAGCUUGUACGAGGAUGUUGCACGAGACACAAACCGCGGCCACACGGUUGCUGCAGUUGCGGAAACAUUUAAGCUUGCGAAGGAUGCGGGCUUUAAGGUGGUUAGCCACAUGAUGCCAGACUUGCCAAAUGUCGGCAUGGAACGUGACUUGUUUCAGUUCGAAGAGUAUUUUGAGAACCCGGCUUUUCGAACCGACGGGCUGAAGAUAUACCCCACACUUGUCAUUCGCGGAACCGGUCUGUACGAACUUUGGAGGACAGGCCGCUACAAGAACUACACCCCUAAUGCGCUUAUCGACCUUGUUGCUCGUAUCCUCGCACUCGUCCCCCCCUGGACCCGUAUCUAUCGUGUUCAGCGAGACAUUCCGAUGCCGCUGGUUACUUCAGGUGUCGAGAAUGGAAACCUGCGAGAGCUGGCUUUAGCGCGCAUGAAAGAUUUUGGUACAACUUGUCGAGAUGUCCGUACGCGCGAGGUCGGUAUCAAUGAAGUCAAGAACAAGAUUCGCCCGUCUCAGGUGGAGCUGAUUCGCCGCGAUUAUACGGCAAAUGGUGGAUGGGAGACGUUCCUUGCGUAUGAAGACCCUAAGCAAGACAUUUUGAUCGGUCUUCUACGUCUGCGCAAGUGCAGCCCCACGCACACAUUCCGUCCCGAGUUCACCGGUCAACAAACCAGUAUCAUUCGUGAAUUGCACGUGUACGGUUCCGCGGUUCCUCUCCACGGACGUGACCCGCGCAAGUUUCAACAUCUUGGUUUUGGAACUUUGUUGAUGGAGGAGGCCGAGCGAAUUGCGCGAGAAGAGCACGGCAGUACCAAGAUCAGUGUCAUCUCGGGCGUCGGCGUUCGCAGCUACUAUGCUCGUCUUGGAUAUAGCUUAGACGGUCCUUACAUGUCCAAAAUGUUGGAGCCAAUUGAAGGGGGGGAAUCCUGA